AUGCACCAAGGGAAAUGCCUCAGGACUGGCAAAUUGGUGGCCAUAAAGUCGAUUCCGCAGGAAUCCAGAGAGGAUAGAAAAGCUGCUCUAAGCGAGGCGGCUUUCUUGCGUUCGCUGGAUCACGAUCAAAUAAAUCGACUGAUUGCAGUCGUCGAGGAUGAGUUCUGUGUGCAUUUAAUCCUUGAGUAUGCCCAAGGCACUGAUUUGAUGGAGACCCUUCUGAUGACUGGCCCCAUGGAAGAACAGCAGGCAGCGGAGAUCAUCCGACAACUUCUGGAAGUCUUGGCGUAUUGUCACUCUCAUGGCGUCGUUCACCGAGAUCUCAAGCCUGAAAACAUUAUGGUCAGUGGCGUCAGUGGCGAAAAGGAGAUCACGCUUGUCGACUUCGGUCUAGCCAGGGAAGCUGGCAAAGAACUGGAAGAAGGAGAAGAUGAAGGCACACCAGUCUACCUUGCACCAGAAGUGCGAAGCCAGACAUUGAUUUGUGAUGGCUCUCUGGACAUGUUCAGCCUUGGUGUGGUGCUCUUUGCCAUGCUUUCAGGCCGGCUACCCUCUCGUCAAGCAACCCCUGCGCUUGCGUCACUGCCAGAGAUCCCUCCAGGAGCCAGAGACUUCCUGGCGCGGUUGCUCGUGGAGUCAGAGAAUCGAUUAUCAGCUGUGGAGGCACUUGAGCACCCUUGGCUGAACGCUGGGGCGCAUUGA